UUGACCAGUCCCUUUUUGUGCCACAGUUGCUCAGCUGCAGUGAGUGCAGGGAGUAAACAAACAGGCCUUCAGGCUCAUUACAGAGAUUUCCCGUCUCAGGCACUAGAAGGGGUAACUGGGUUAAUGAUGUGCAACUAACGAGCAAAUUAAUUAGAUGAAAAAGUAGAAUCAACAAGCCUUGGGAAAAAAUGAACAGAGAAUAUCUGUGGCAGACUUCAAAAGGUGAAAACCCUGGGAUGACGCAUUGCGUAACACAGUGGGGGUGCAUAUAUAAGCAGUGUGUUAGUGCAGUACAUGUUCAGCUAUAUAACAGCAGUCUUGGCAAUAGAGGCCUUGGUAACGAUAAAUGGUGUUCCACUCCAAACUGCCAGCCACAUGUUUGUUGUGGACGUAUUAGUAAUUGUGAGGUCAACCUGAAUGAGCUUGAAGGGAGUCAGUCAGUAAUGCAUGGCCAUGCUUUGUUGAAAUAGAGUUAAUGCAUCUUCCAUUGAAAUUUCAUUUAGCUGAAAACUUAAUUGUGUGUGAAUAUGAUAGAGAUAAGCUUUGUCAAUUAACUACCGACCAACCAAAGGAUCAUCCUCAUAGAAUAGUAAUCAUGGUCAAAUCCCUGAUAAGCAGGAGAGGAUUAUGACCUGAAACUGCUGUAAUUGGUUCCGUUGGGAUAAAGGCUGAUGAAAAAUAAUUCUGCCACAAGCAGUUGAAAAGGUGAAAGGAACACAAGACCAGACACUCUGGGCGUGCUUGGAGAAGAACCAAGACUGACUGUACAUCUGAGAAACUUUCUAAUGAAAGUAGGCUCACAGCAUUUUAACUUGUAGAGAAAAAACUUUGUUAUAUUUCACUACGCCUCUACUGAAAUCACAAAGUGACGGCCACAUCAUGGUGUUGAAUGGGGGGCAGGUAUUGAACCACACCUGUCCAAUACUAGUUUGAGCAUAACCUGGAUGACCUUCAUCCCGUCACCGUCUCCCUGAAACAUCUGUGAGGCGAGAUUCCAGAGCCAUGAACCAGAGCUCUCCUUGCUACUGCAUUGCCGUCUACCUGAACCUGUGCGCCACCUCCAAGGCCAUGCUGCUGGUUCCCGGCUUCGUCCUGAACGUCUUCGUCCUCGCCUCCCUGGCCUCCAGUUUCCUGAGCCGGAGGAGCAAGAUCAAGAAGAACGUUGCCAUGUUCAUCCUGAGCAGCACCACGUGUAACAUCAUUAACAUGACUCUCUGGCCCCUGAUGGUCCACUGGAGGGACCGGGGGCACUGGGCGCUGGGCUGGACCCUGUGCGAGAUCAUGGUGAACGUGAAGCACAUCACCAGCUCAGCUUCUUUCCACUACACCUUCUUCAUCUCCUUCUCCGUCUACCUGACCAUCGUGUGCGGGUGGAGCCGGGUGGUGGACCGUAAGACCUUCCUUGCUCUCCAGCUCCUCUUCCCCAUUGUCCCUGUGCUCAUCAAAGGGCUGACCCAGCAUCUUCUGGGCAAUGCAGCGAACCAUCUGGACGUAGUCAACCGAACAUGCUUCUCCUACAUCAACGACAGGGCCAUGCGCAUACUAAUUCUGGUAAAGAUUGUGGCCUUUGUGCCCCUGAACCUUUACUUCUACGCCCAUAUCCUGCACACGACUUUCAGGAGUGCCAAGCAAAUGAACAGGAGCCAGGCUGCCAACAAAAGACUGGCGAAGACAUUCGGAGUGAUUUCCCUCAUCACAGUGAUUGCACACAUCCCUGGGGGAGCGUUCUCCCUGCUGGCUGAGCAGAAAAUCUGUCUUGAGACUGUGAUGGAGUUCCUCCAGGACCUGCCGAACCUUUCCAGCCCCAUCAUACUGCUUUGCAUGAACAAAGAGCUGAGAGACCAGUGCGUGCUCCUACUGCAGAGGAGGGCAUGUUCCCAGCACAGGCCUGGAUUCUUCUCCACUGGGCAACACAAGACGCUGCCCAGAUCUGAGACAUUACAGUCAAAUUUGUGAGUUCAAUGCCACUGAAUGUCAUUCAAUCUAGGAUCAGUGCACCUACCACAUGCUAGGUCCAGAUUCAAUUUACAAUUUGUGCAUUGAGUCUAAGUUUAAGCAAACUGAUAAAUAAAGUUGUGAGACCUUUUUUCUUGAUAUUUAUCCAAUAUUAAUUAAUUAACUU